AGAGAAGGUUGUCGCGGCGUCAGUUUUAGAUUAGACUUUCUAGACCGAGAUUUAACGUACAACAAAUGCCAAAGAACGUGCAGCAGUCAAACGUGUAAACAAAGAGACAACAUUAAAACAAUAAAACAACAAGGCGCACUCAAAGUGACAAAGCAACCGACAAGUGUCCGCUUCGCUUAAUUUUCACUCUUUGUGUUGUUGUUUGCUGCACUCGCCAAGCCAACUAAGUCAACCCACUCAUCCAAGCCCAGUGAGACUCGAGGAGCAGCACGUUUUGAUUAUCGCACAUUUCUUAUGCGGAAUAUUAAUAGGUACACCGAGUAACAACAACAAAAACAACAACAACAACACUGAUAGUAACAAUUACAAGUAACAAACCAAACAAAUAAGAAAAACAAAUAAUAAUACUCGCAUCGCUUUGAGGAAAUGGAAAUCCAACGGCUCCGUUCAUUGACCAACUGACAUCAUAAACGGAAGUUGCACCGUGCAUAACAAAGUGAAUUCAUUGCCUCCGAUUAAACAUUCUACGCAGAACAAAUCGACGCAUAAUAAUUGCAAACAAACACAUAUAAAAACUGUGCCAAUCUUUAACCCAAUAAGCAAUAUUUUGUGUUUUCGGAUUUACCAAAAUGAGCAAGCAAAAAUGUUGUGCAAUUUUGCGAGUUUUGCUAGUGUCGUCUGUAUUACUACUGACAUUUGUUGAGCAGACCCAAGCCUAUGGAUUUGGACGUUGCCCGAAGUAUCCGUCGAUGCCAAAGUUUAAUAUGAGUCGCGUGCUCGGCCACUGGUUCGAGGUGGAGCGUUCAUUCUAUUUGCCCGAAAUUGCAUCGGGCUGCACCACUUUCGAGUUUGAGCCCUACAACAAAGCGGAUCUGUCCAAGUUCAACAACUUUAAGCUGGAGGUGGCCAUAAAAACCGUCAAUCGCAUCACUGGCAAUCCCAAUGUAAAUCUGGGCUAUGCCACGCCAGAGAACAGCAGAUCCUCUAUUAUGGACUUUAAGUUCAACACUCGCUUUCCGGAGGUGAUUGCCCGCCUGUUGCCCGGUUCUGGUAAAUACCAGGUGCUCUACACGGACUACGAAAACUUUGCCAUAUUGUGGUCCUGUGGCAGCAUUGGCUCCCUAGGCUAUGCCGAUCAGAUCUGGGUGCUCGGACGCGAGACAGACUUUGUAGUUGAGAUUCGAGAGAAGAUCUACGAUGUGCUCAAGCGACUCUCUCUCGACCCCGAAAGACUUGUGCUCAGCAAGAAUUCCAACUGUCCCAAAAUGCACUGAAUCCACACCGAUAUACACAUCUGUUUAGAUAUAACUUACUGUUUAAGUAUCAUAUUCAAUGUAUUGUCUAGAUCCUAGGCUUUAGGCUUUAGGCUGCUGUGAUAUCGCCAAGUUAAGCUCUGUUUUGUAUUGCCAAACAACAAAUAUAUAUAUAUGUAUGCGAAAAUUGAUAUUUGAGCGCGAUGUGGGGGAUUUCCAGCACGAAGAGUUGACCUUACACCAAUUAUAAUGAAUACUCUAAUUAA